AUGACAGCACUGAUCUUCAAAGACUGGCUUGUGAAGUUUGAUAGGCACAUGCGCAGACAGCGACGACAAGUGAUAUUGCUGAUUGACAAAGCCCCUUCCCAUGCCUCCGUAGAUCUCACCAACGUAAAGCUUCACUAUCUGCCUCCGAAUACAACAUCCCACAUUCAGCCCCUAGAUGCAGGAAUCAUAAAGAAUUUCAAACUUCUUUACAAGAAGCAGCAGAUGAAACUUCAUCUUGACAACGCCAGCACAGACACGCCAGUACCACUUGAUAUCAAGCAAGCCCUACUGUUUAUCCGAUCAGCGUGGAGAGAUGUAAAACAACCAACGAUCAUCAACUGCUGGCGUCAUGCAAAAAUCCUGCCACCUACUGACAGCCAGAUCGAGCCCGAUAAUGAACCAACUGAAGACGUCCGAGAUUUACAGGAAACUCUUGACAAGCUAUACCCGGAUGCACCCGUACCUGUCAGUGACUUCAUAGAAUUAGACGCAAAUCUGCCAUGUGAGGAAGCCAUGACAGAAGAUGAAAUCAUCGAGAUUGUCCGACCUACUGCUGAAGAAGAAACAACAAUCAACACUGAAGAAGACCAGACAACCGAGCCAGUCAUUCCCAAGCUACCUCAGGUCAAAACAUUGCUGAACACUUUACAGACAUUUGUGACAUACAACUUAGACGUGUUUGAUGUGAGUGACCUGGACUUCAUCGACACGUUGAAAACUAAAAUGCAGAAGACCUCAGAAAAAAAUGAACAACAAAAAACCCUCAAAGACUAUUUCAAAUUUUAA